AGAGGUACUCGUCGAGAAGAAGAAACGGGUAAUAUUGAUCAUGUCUUACAACAUCAUCGACAAUUACAUGAUGAAAUGACAACGGAUCUUGGGAAAAUGGCACAUCAACUGAAACUCAACAGUCAACAAUUUGGAGAUAUUUUGCAUAAAGAUGAUGAGGUUCUUCGUGAUGCUCAAAAAUUGGUGGAAAGUAACUUGGGAAAGAUGGGAACAGAGCGACGACGAUUGGAUGCUCAUUAUUCAAGAUCAUGGGGAACUAGUUUUAUGAAUUUAGGUGUAGUUUUAUUUGUAUGUAUUAUGUUUACACUAGUCUUUUUUACCAUCAAAUUUUUACCAAAAGCUUAAUAAUAAAAUCAUCUUGUCAAUUUCAUUUCUUU